AUGUCGCAGCAGAAAUCACGAUUCGUCAGACCAGGUGAAGCUUUUUCCAAUGUUCAGAGGUCCAGUUUUGGUAGUGACGGAGCCUUCAAGAAAGUGAAGAGUGAGGGCGGAAUGUGCACCACGGGUCACUCGCCCACGCCCACGCCCACCACCUGUCCCACGCCCGCACGCAGGAGACACCGCACCACCUUCACGCAGGAACAGCUGGCGGAGUUGGAGGCAGCAUUCUCCAAGAGUCACUACCCAGAUAUCUACUGCAGGGAAGAGCUGGCCAGGAAGACCAAGCUUAACGAAGCUAGGAUCCAGGUGUGGUUCCAGAACCGGCGGGCCAAGUACCGCAAGCAGGAGAAGCAGCUGCAGAAGGCGCUGGCGGGGACACCGUCAGUCUUGCCCACCUGUAACGGUGCCAUGAUGAGGAACAUGUACCCCACAGCUACACGGGGGUAUCAGCCGUACCCCAGCCACAACGCAAUAUCCACCUUCAACACCAUGAACCGAUACCCCCAGGUUAGAGAGCGUGGCAAGGGGUGA